AUUGGGGGGGUUUGAUAAAUAAAUCUGAGUACACCAGAAACUUCGAGUUUACCCUAAAAGACGAUUUGCUUUGUAUCAACCAAACCAAACCAUCAUCUCAGUUUCUCUGUAAAAACUCUUUGUGACUUGUUCCGCGAGACCUAAAUAUGGUGUUUGGACAGAUAGUGAUAGGUCCACCUGGAUCAGGCAAGACUACUUACUGCAAUGGCAUGUCUCAGUUCCUCUCUCUUAUCGGCAGGAAGGUUGCUGUUGUUAAUCUGGAUCCUGCAAACGAUGCAUUGCCGUAUGAGUGUGCUGUGAAUAUAGAAGAACUUAUUAAGUUAGAAGUUGUUAUGUCUGAAUCUUCACUUGGUCCUAAUGGAGGUCUGCUACACUGUAUGGAAUACUUGGAGAAGAACAUUGACUGGCUAGAAGCUAAACUAGAGCCUCUUUCCAAGGACCAUUACUUUCUCUUUGAUUUUCCUGGCCAAGUGGAACUCUUCUUCAAUCAUGACAGUACCAAGAAGGUUCUCACCAAGCUGACCAAAUCCUUGAACCUUAGACUAACGGCUGUGCAACUAAUUGAUUCCGUUCUAUGUAGUGACCCUGGGAACUAUGUAAGCGCUUUGCUUCUCUCUUUAUCCACUAUGCUUCAUAUGGAGCUCCCCCAUAUCAAUGUCUUGUCUAAAAUCGAUCUCAUUGGAAACUACGGCAAGCUAGCUUUCGGUUUAGAUUUCUAUACCGAUGUUCAAGACUUGUCAUACUUGCAGCAGUAUCUUAAUCAAGAUCCUCGCUCUGCCAAGUACAGGAAACUAACGAGUGAGCUGUGCAGUGUGGUUGAAGAUUACGGUCUUGUUAGUUUUACAACCUUGGAUAUUCAGGAUAAAGAAAGUGUUGGUGAUCUGGUGAAGCUCAUUGAUAAGAGCAAUGGUUACAUAUUUGCGGGCAUUGAUGCAAGUGUGGUUGAAUACAGCAAGAUUUCAGUUCGUCAAACUGAUUGGGAAUAUAACAGAGUUGCUGCCGUGCAAGAGAAGUACAUGGAAGACGAGGACAUAGAAGACUGAAGACAAAGAUUUGCUAAGGAGAAGAGGAAUCAUUUGAUGAUCUAUGAACCAAACAGUGCAUGCAACGGUUUGUAUGAACCGCUUUUUGUUUUUUGGGGUUCGGUUUAAGUCCAACAACGUUAGUUACAUAACUUACUGGUUUGUUACAUUUCACUGAAAUUGACAAAUAUAUAUUUGAUAACUCGCUAGUUUAUAGAGAGAAUGUUUACUGA